GGGUCCAAAUUAGUAUGUGGCUUUGUUUCAGGGGGACGGUUUAGUACGGUGCGCAAAUGAGUUGCGACGAGCGCAGUCAGCUUAAAACUGUACAUUUUCUUCUGAAGACAUACCAAGGAGACAUGGAACACCCAACAAGAGUUGUGGAGAAAUUGAAGCAGUUUGCUAUACUUGACGCUCUACCAACAGUCUAUUACAUCCCAGACUUUAUAUCAGAGGAGGAGGAGUCCUUCCUGCUGCAACAGGUCUACAAGUCUCCAAGGACCAAGUGGACACAGCUGUCGGGCCGCAGGCUGCAGAACUGGGGAGGGUUACCUCAUCACAGAGGCAUGCUAGCUGAGGAGAUGCCCGACUGGCUCCAGACGUACUGUCAGAAAAUUUCCUCACUUGGGGCGUUCAGCGGGAAGACGGCCAACCACGUGUUGGUCAACGAGUACAAGCAGGGGGAAGGGAUCAUGCCUCACGAGGACGGCCCCCUCUACCAUCCCACCGUCACCACCAUCAGCUUGGGCUCUCACACCCUGCUGGACUUCUACUCCCCGGUCAGCAGCCAGGAGGGGGCGUCUCCACAGACAGAGGACGACCGUUACCUCUUCUCCCUGCUGGUGAAGCCGCGCAGUCUCCUGAUCCUGCAGGAGGAAAUGUACAAGCUCCUCCUUCACGGCAUCCAACCGUGCACCACCGACACAGUCACGGACAAGGUGGUCAACCUGUCUGCAGCCGGGGCGCAGCUGGGACAGACGCUGACUCGGGGAAACAGAGUUUCACUGACUUUUAGACACGUGCCGAAGGUCGUUAGGACGAAGCUGGUUCUGGGAAGGAAGUGAGAAGAGACUGAGCUGACCUGUCAGUCCACCACCACAUGUAGUUAUGUUUGUAUUAGUGAUGCCUGGAAUUAUCUGUCCGAUAUUAGGUGGUCACUAGAUGGCAGCAUUGCAGCUCAUUUUAUUAAUGUAUUUUAUACAAAUAAAUAAAUAUUACUAGGC